AUGUCUACUGAGCGUGUUACCCCAUAUCAGGGGAAAAUUAUUCUCCUCUCGUCGCAUGAAGAGAAACGAACAGCCGUUCUGUCCCGCAUCCGUGAUAUCGUCUUAGGCCCUGAUUUCACUCCUUCUUCUGUGGUUCCAAAUGUCAAUGCCUGCGCUGCUGCUCUCCCAGCUGCCGAGUUCUCCAAAAUCCUGCAAAAACGCAAUAUCGAGGGCCACACAGCAUUGUAUUGGGCGAUUGUGAACAAUCGCCCACAAGCUCUUGAGGCGUUGGACAAGUUCAUUUCCGGUUAUUAUCCCUCUGUUUGUAAGGACGACUUACGCGAUGCAUGCGUGAUAACCAGCGACCAUGCAAUUUUUAGCCAGCUAGGUCUCGGAAUUCGUUGCCCAUCAGAUCAGCUUCAGGUACAUACCUGCGAUGAACUCACCAACCAGUUCAAUGUUGUUCUGCGAAUCAGGAUGUUCCAAAAACGCAUGCGCGCCACUGCUACUAGUAGUGCUAGAGGUGAUACAAAGUUGACGUACGAAUUUGUUGCGGGGGGACGCAUAUGGUGGUUGCGCUUCCACAUGCCAGAGUUUAUUAAAGGAAUAUGGCGCGUCGAGAUUGGUCUUUGUCGGCAUAGUCAUCCAGCGCGUCUUAACAGUGUACUUGUGAUCGAGGCGCACAACCGGAAACCUGGCAGUGCAGUCCCACCUGAAGCACUGAGAAUCCCAUUAUCAUUGGCGGACACAAAAUUUGUGGCCCUUGCACCCUGGCUAACACCCCAGGGCAAUUUAUAUCCUUCGAACAUGGCAAGGCACAUAUCGAAGGAGCUGGGCGAUUGGGUAAUGCACGAGAAGACGAAAUAUGUAGACGACGAGGGCACCCUAAAUGCGAAGUUGGAGAUAAGAUUGUUCUGA